CUAGCUUUAUUUUUCCACAUACUUAGAAUAACAUCUCCCACUUUUUCCAAUAUAAUUAAGGUUGAGAUAUAGGAGAGGAGAGAAUAGAGAUCAAGGUGAGAAUUAAUUAGAAGGAGAGAGAGAGAGAGAGAGAGAGAGAGAGAGAGAGGUGAGGUCUUAGUUUCUCUCCAAAAACAAGGGAACCCUAUUCCUCCAUUUGUGUUGAGCUUUUAUUCUUGAAUAUAUCUCUUUAAUUCCAAUUCCAAAGAUCAAGGAGAGGUAGAGAAUUAGAGAGAGAGAGAGAGGAAUGUUCCCUACCAAGAAGCCAACUAUGAAUAGCUCACAUGAAAGGUCCAUGGGUGUGCAAGGGGAUUCAGGCCUUGUUCUCACUACCGAUCCAAAGCCGCGGCUUCGAUGGACGGUCGAGCUUCACGAUCGCUUUGUCGAUGCCGUCGCUCAGCUCGGAGGACCCGACAAGGCCACUCCAAAAACUAUCAUGAGAGUUAUGGGUGUUAAGGGUCUCACUCUCUACCACCUUAAGAGCCACCUUCAGAAAUUUAGGUUAGGGAAGCAGCCACACAAAGAAUUUGCUGAACACUCCAUUAAGGAUGCUGCAACACAAGAGCUCCAAAGAAAUGCAGCCUCUUCAUCGAGCAUAAUGGGCCGCAAUACGAACAGCAGGAACUUGCAUACUAAUAAUGAUGCACUGAGGAUGCAGAUGGAAGUCCAAAGAAGAUUGCAUGAGCAAGUAGAGGUUCAAAAGCACCUACAAAUGAGGAUUGAGGCUCAAGGAAAAUACAUGCAAACUAUGUUAGAGAAAGCACUUCAAACUCUCGCCGUGGAGAGCACCGGAUCGGGAGACUAUAAAGAAAUUGGAAAUCAAGGAGUCAUCGACAUGUCGUCCAUGAAAGAAAUCGGUUCGAAUUAUUCUGCGAGCUUCCCGAAUUCUCUCUACGAUCUACACUCGCAUGGUGCAAACUAUGGGCUAGACAUGCAAUACCACACAGAUCGCCCCCUUGUCGACCAAUUCUUUUCAACCGUCGACGAGAGGAUUUGUCUAGGCAAGAAAAGGCCUGUUAAUCCUCACUGUCGUUACAGGCAAAACCCGAUGGUCGGGGCUUGGGCCGACAAUCUCGGACUUCAAGAGUUAGGAUCCUUUGCAGCAUGCAUGGCUGGCUCACAAGAAGAAGCUAGUAAGAAUAUUGAUAAUCAUCUUCAAGUUGCACCAUCAACUGUUAUCGAUGUUCGCAUUGGAAUGGACUCAACAAGGGGCGCGUAUGAGGCGAAGCCUAUCCUUUCAAGUGACGGCGACGUCGGUGGCGAAAAGAAGUUCGAGUAUCCAACGAAGCUCGAGAGACCAUCUCCAAGAAGAGCUUCUCUUCUCAUUGAAAGACUUAAUCAGAUGAUUAGAGGGUCGUAAUUAUUUAAUUAAGGGUGAGGUUUGUUUAAAGCAAAAAGAAGCAAUAACUAAGUCGUGGAUUUCGUUACUAAAUAAUUAGAUGAGUGGAAGUAAUUAGGAAGUUACAAAUUAAUUUAGUAAUGAUACACAUGCUAGUAUUUGGAUCUCAUGGUUAGAUGUUUGAUGCUACCAGGGUUAAUUAGCAUGCAUGAAUCUGAUCAAGUCCAAUAAUGCAGUAUUGGAAUUUUGUAAUAUUAAUACUCAUGUGUUGAUCAUCCUUUUCCUAAUGAUGGAUGAGUUCCUGUGAGUUAUAUAA